CUCCGCGGCAGAGCAAGCUCCGCCGCGCGUAGCAUCGGCUACUGUGUUCCCCCCACCCCGGCGGCGAGGUGUCCACCAAUGAGCGACAGAGAGGAGCGUAAGGCUUUGCGGGGCUAAGGUGGAUGGCGGGGUUUCGUUGAGGCGGAGCUUUAACGCAUUGGAGGGCUUGAGUGCUGAGGCUGUUGUCCCGGUCCCUAAGAGGCAGCGACGCCGAGCGUCUCCGGGGUAUUGGGGCGCGAUGCCGGUCCAUUCGCGGGAGAAGAAAGAGAACAACCACGAUGAGAUGGAGGUGGACUACGGCGAGAACGAGGGCAGCAGCUCCGAAGAAGAAGAGUCAGAGAGCUCGUCCGUGUCCGAGGAGGGCGACAGCUCAGAAAUGGACGAUGAAGACUGUGAAAGAAGAAGAAUGGAGUGUUUAGAUGAGAUGUCCAAUCUUGAAAAACAAUUUACAGACCUCAAAGAUCAACUUUACAAGGAGAGAUUAAGCCAAGUGGAUGCAAAACUACAGGAGGUCAUUGCGGGAAAGGCACCAGAGUACUUAGAACCACUGGCAGCUCUGCAAGAAAACAUGCAAAUCCGAACAAAAGUGGCAGGUAUCUACAGAGAGCUCUGUUUAGAGUCUGUGAAAAACAAAUACGAAUGUGAAAUUCAAGCUUCCCGACAACACUGUGAGAGUGAAAAGCUCUUGUUGUAUGACACAGUUCAAAGUGAACUAGAAGAGAAAAUCAGGCGACUUGAAGAAGACCGGCAUAGCAUUGACAUUACCUCAGAGCUAUGGAAUGAUGAACUUCAGUCUAGGAAAAAAAGGAAGGAUCCGUUCAGUCCAGAUAAGAAGAAACCAGUGGUUGUAUCAGGGCCCUAUAUAGUGUACAUGCUGCAAGAUCUCGAUAUACUUGAAGACUGGACAACGAUAAGAAAGGCAAUGGCUACUUUGGGGCCACAUAGAGUGAAAACGGAACCCCCUGUCAAGUUGGAAAAACAUGUACACAGUGCAAGAUCUGAAGAAGGAAGACUCUAUUAUAAUGGAGAGUGGUAUGGACGUGGACAAACUAUAUGCAUCGAUAGGAAAGAUGAAUGCCCUACAAGUGCCAUAAUUACAACAAUUAACCAUGAUGAAGUGUGGUUUAAGAGGCCUGAUGGAAGCAAAUCCAAACUAUAUAUUUCUCAGCUACAGAAAGGAAAAUAUUCAAUCAAACAUAAUCACAACUGACCAUUAAACCAACCAGACAGUGUUAUCCUGCUUGAUGUGCCAUGAGAUGAAAGAUGUAUUUACUGUGUAUUCUCAUCUAUUUUUGUGGCAGUAUCUGUGUAUUUGUAGUAGUGUAAGUAAUCAUACAGAUGUCUUAGAAUAAGUGACACUUAAUCAUGCUGACCAUGACGUCUUGCCUCUAAUUUGGCUUCAGCGCCUAAGAUAGAAAACAUUAACCUUUUGGAGAGUCUGACAUCUGAACAUCUGACUAAGCCUGCAGAAGAGCUAUGUGCAUGCACGAGAGAGAAUUGUGCAUACAGCUGCCUGGGAUGUUUUUAAGUUUCGUUUGCAGCUGCUUACAUGGCUGAAUGUGCAAGCCAAUUUUAAAAUUGCCUAUUGAGCUACCAGGGGAAGAGAAAGGAUGCUUCAGAAAGAAAACCACCUGGAUGCCUUUUUGGUUCUCAACGACAUAGCACACUGGCUUCUAAGAUUGUAGGCUAAAUCCAUUUGUAUAAAAUGGAAACAAAGUGGUAUUUAUAUUUUUUUAAAUAGAUCAUGCGGUAAUUGUGAAAUUUAUCACUACAUAUAAGAACUCCUUGCAUUUUAGAGAACAUGUCAUGUUUGUCUUACAAACCUACAUUAGCUUGUGUAAUGUUGUUUUGAUGUAGCCUAAUGUCAAAGUAUACUUAAAUGGGCAACUAAAAUUAAGUGGAGACCCCCAAUAGUUGUUCCACCUGUGUUACUUGAGAGAAACUGUUACUAAUUUCUAUUAAAACUAGCACCAAAGAAGGAGUUUGCUAGGAAAAAAUUGGUGCAAAGCAAAUGGCAUGGUUUCUGUUUCUACUAGUAUUAAGUCCUCUCUCCAAAGGAUAAGAGUGCCUGUUCUAAAAAGGGUAAAACAAUAACCAAAAGUAUUACUGCAUAUUGAUAUGUAAUUAAAUGUAUCUGUAGCCAGAUGACGUGUAACCCUUUGAAAUUGUAUAUUGGGCAGAAAAAAGUGGUAUUCACUGCUUCACAACCUCAGAAAGUUUGCAUUUGUAAACUUAGCAUCAGGAGUAAGAUCUUUUAGUUUUACCAUAGAUGUGUGAGGCAUGUAGAAGUGAUUGUGGUUAGGGGUGAGGAGGAGAUGCUACUUGGUGGUUUUGUGCACUUUACUAUCCAUUAAGAUAAGCCUUUGAAGAAAGUUUGCAUCUGAUGGAAAGACUGCUAAAAGUGUUUUGAUGUUCUAGGUUGGAUUGGUGCUAAAUCUGGAAUUUUAACAUUCAACCUCGCACUGUUUCAAGUCCUGAAGUAAAAUCCUUAUGUGUAAAAAUAAAUAACUGCAUUUUCAAUAACCCAACCUCAUCUCAGCAAACAAAUAUCUUGGGGGACAUGGAUGGGUAGCUUUAUAAAGAAAGCUAUAGCUUUUUUUAGAGGGCAGCCUGCCCUUCUUGAAAAUAGUAACACUUAGACCCACAAGCAUGCCUGGAAAACUGCUCAGCCUGCAGACAAGUAUUUUUUAUGUCUUGUCCUUCUAAUUUCAGCUGAACAUUUAUUGGAGGUAAGGAGCCCUAAAGCUGGAUUCAAUAGGCUUGAUUUUAUUCUGAAAAUUGGCUCUCCUUUCACAUUCUUAUCUUAGCACCUCUUUUGCAAACAAAACAGUUUCAGCUCAGCCUAACAGGGACAGCCUGCCUCUGCUCAGAGAAGGCUUUGUGUACAUGGAGAUUAUUUUUUUAAAAUGAAGGAUUGCCAGCAUCUGCCCUUGCACAGUUCUGCAGAUUGGAAGCACAUCUGUCCUGCACCAUCAACAUGUGCAUACACACACAACAAAACCUUGUAGCAAUCUGCAUUACAAUCCAAGCUUGGGCACUUGUGCAACAUUGCAGAGAGCCAUGGGAUGCCAACCAUUGCUGCUUAAAUAAAUAUUUGUUAUAUUCAUGUUGUCAUACUUCAUUGUGGCUGGGAAUAUGUGUCUCUCACUUGCCAAUUUAAUUGGUUCUAGUUGCUGAGGCUCAGAAUAAAGUCUAUCCUAGUCAAUAAACUGCUUUCAUAUUUAUGUGAAAAUGUAUUUGCUGAUAUGAGAAAACCAUUUGACAAUUGCCAAAAGCCUAAAAUCCCAGGCUUCUGAAAUUGAUCUAGAGCAGUUCUCUUGUUUCUGUGCAUGUCACAUAUAUUAGCCAAAUGUAUAUAAAGUAAUGAUGACAGGUUGGCUUUUGACAAAACCUACUGUAUGUACACAGUUUGAUAAAGCUUUUUUUGUAAUGAAAUAUUUGUAUUUUUUAACCUAGGGUAUAAAUAAAUGAACCUGUCAUGGAGAAAA